AUGUGGGCUAGGGGUCUUCUCGGCCAGAUCACGCUGACUCCCUCCACGAUCGAUCGAACUAGAACCACGACCGUCACAAAGACAGUCACUCAAGUUUCUGUCAGCCUUACUACCUCAAUAAUUACAACCGCCACUACUUCGACUGCAACCGCCACGAAGACGGCGACAACAACUCAAACGACCACUCAGACGACCACAGUGCCGUGCUCCUUGGUCAACUGCCCUAAGAUAACUUUGACGGGAACGAUUUGCAAGAGCUGCUUCGUAGCGCAGUGCACGACGACUUCCACCGUUACCAGAUCAUGUGGCUGCUCGAGCGCUCUUGCUACGACGACUGUUGACUUUGAAUGUGAACAGCCUGACGUGUGCAACAGAAUCGGAUGCAGGACUGUGUACGCUGUGGCUACUCCGGCUUGCUAG